AUGAAGCGCAUCUUCAACUCUUUCAGCAAGCGUAGCAGCCCCACGCGCGACAGUCCCCCCUCUUUUCCCGAUGACUCGCCCGAGGGAAUCAUCCUGCGAGAAGUGACUGCUUUCUGCGAAGAAGGCGCCAACAGUGUCGGAAAUGAGUACGUCCAUCUUCCAGGGAUUGUCGAGAAUGCAGAAUCCAGCCCCAACGCAGCGCGCGAAGCCGCACUGCUCAUUCGCAAUAUCUUGUCGGAGCCGUCGAAGCACCCCGGUCAUGUGCAGUACAACGCAAUCAUGCUGAUUCGCAUCCUCGUCGAUAACCCGGGCCAUACGUUUUCGCGAAACCUUGACGCCAAGUUCGUCGCGACGGUGAAGGAUCUACUCAAACAGGGGAGGGACCACCGCGUCCACAGCUUGUUGUGGGAAACUUUGGAUGCUUUGGAGGUGCAGCGAUCGUGGGAUGAGGAUCUCACGCUUCUCCUGCAGAUGUGGAGCAGAGAAAAGGGGAAGAGCAAUGGUCGGCCUAACGGGUUAAGUGACCGCUUUCAGGCCAGCCGGAGUUCAUCGCAGGUGCGGGUGCCACAAGCGAGUCAGAACCAUUUCGCUCCUUCGCGACAGCGGGACACGCUACCACGGCCCGAAGAGCUUGCUGAGCGGAUUUCCGAGGCGAAGACUUCGGCGAAAUUGCUCACGCAGUUUGUCCAAUCGACUCCUCCGACCGAAUUGCUGGAGAAUGAACUCAUCCUCGAAUUUUCCGACCGAUGUCGUACGGCGUCUCGCGUUAUUCAGAACUAUAUUCACGCGACGAACCCCGCGCCUGAUGAGGAUACGCUGUUAACACUUAUCCAAACAAAUGACGAACUCACUGUGGCUCUGUCGAAUCACCAGCAUGCCCUCCUUCGGGCGCGUAGAUCGAUGGGCCAGAGCGGUAGCCCGUCCCCAGCAACAUCAUCGUCCAACGAAGCCGCUGCGUCUGGUGCUGUGCAAAUGCACGCACCACCUCCAGUACCCCCUCGGCAGCCGCAACGUACUAUGUUUCCGUCUUCUGCGUCGGCGCCAAUGAUGCCCGGUGCCGCAGGCCCUUCGGGGUCAAAUGCCAACAAUGGCGGUUGGCACGAGCAGCGAUCGGGGAAUAGUAAUGGGGAACAAGAUCCGUUUGCAGACCGCCACACCACUACUGCAGGCCCCUCGACGUAUGGCGAGCCGAGGACAGACGGACCGAGCAGCGACUGGUGGACCGAAGCGCAGCAGCGGCCAGGCCAGCAUUCAUGA